GGGCGCGUCUUCUGAGUGGCUUAAAGGUUGCCAAUCGGCUUACUAUUCCUUAAGUAGGUUUAGCCAAUGAAGCAGCAUCGGCCAUGUUGUGUCCCAGGAGACUCAGAGACUGUUGGGGGAUCAGGGGAGCAGUCCCUAUCCGGAGUUUGAGGUGGGGUAUCCGGGCUGCAAGACUCCACUGGAGCACCAAGUAGAUUACAGUUGAUCGCCAUGAGCCGGCCGUCCUCUGCGGGCGGCGGAGGCGGAGGACUCGGGGCCGGGAAAGCAGGGGGUGGAAAGCACGGUGUCUCUGCUGGGGCAGCCGCCGCUGCUGCAGCUGCAGUUGCUGCCGCCGCCGCCGCCGCCGCCGCCGCUGCAGCUGCUGCUGCUGCUGGAGUGGCCGGAUCAGCGGCCGGAUCAGGCUCAGUUACUCCGGCUGCCGCUGCUGCUUUGCCCACCGCAGGCCUCCCGUGCCAGGCCGCAGAACUUACUGCUGUUUUUGAGUGCCCGGUGUGUUUUGAUUACGUGCUGCCACCGAUCCUGCAAUGCCAGGCCGGGCACCUAGUGUGCAAUCAGUGCCGACAAAAGUUGAGCUGUUGCCCAACCUGUCGCGGGCCUCUAACCCCCAGCAUCAGGAACUUGGCCAUGGAAAAAGUGGCUUCCACUCUCCCGUUCCCAUGCAAGUAUGCCUCGGCCGGCUGCCUGCUCUCCUUGCACCACAGCGAGAAGCCGGAGCAUGAAGAGGUGUGUGAGUUCCGGCCUUACACUUGCCCCUGCCCGGGGGCCUCCUGCAAGUGGCAGGGCUCGCUGGAGGCAGUCAUGCCCCACCUGAUGCACGCCCACAAGAGCAUCACCACGCUGCAAGGCGAGGAUAUAGUCUUCCUGGCCACAGACAUCAACCUGCCGGGGGCCGUUGACUGGGUCAUGAUGCAGUCCUGCUUCGGCCAUCACUUCAUGCUGGUGCUGGAGAAGCAGGAGAAGUAUGAGGGCCACCAGCAGUUCUUUGCCAUCGUGCUGCUCAUUGGGACCCGUAAACAGGCCGAGAACUUUGCCUACCGCCUGGAACUCAAUGGGAACCGCCGCCGGCUGACGUGGGAGGCCACGCCUCGGUCCAUCCACGACGGCGUGGCUUCUGCUAUCAUGAACAGCGACUGCUUGGUCUUUGACACCUCCAUUGCCCACCUCUUUGCAGACAAUGGCAACCUGGGUAUUAAUGUCACUAUAUCCAUGUGCUGAGCAGCAGUUGUGUUGGCAAUGAGUGUGGAAGUUAAGAGAGAAAGAGGAACCUGUCUUAGGAGGAGGCAAAGGAGGGUCUUUGGAUUUUUCUUGCUAUGGAAACCCCAUAGGGGGAGGUAUCUUGCUAAACUCUGCAGAGUUGUGCAAAGGAGACUGGCUGCUGCAAAGUGCUCUGAUUAAGUAAUCUGUGUGAGGACAGGCAUGAUUUUGUGUUUGUGAGCCUGCGUUGGGUGUUGCUAUAAUGCUGCAUACAUGCUUUUUUUUCUACAAAUUUGCAGCAGUCAGCUGACCUGUACGGGUAUGUGUGCUGGUUCACGCAGUCGUCUUGUGCACUGAUGCUUGGGUGUGCAUGCUUGCGAGGGUGUGGACAUGUACGGCACGUGUUUCUGUGCGUGCAUGUAAGUAUGCAUCAGUGUGGCUGCGUGUGCAUGCAAGUGUGUGGAAGCCAAGUUGUGUACUGUGCAUAGGUAGUAAACUUACACAAUGUGCACACAAGACUGCAAGUUAAUGUGGAGAGCAGGAUAGAGACUGAUCAUUGUGAUUUUAAUGGUGAUCCCAAAUGGUCCAGCUACGUAGGGUCAAAACUGAUUCUGCAUUAUGUGAUGCAGAGCAGGCAAGCUCCAGCAGAGGGCACUUUGAGGCACUUUGGAAAUAUCAGGCUGCAGUCACUUUGGUAGCGUAGGAAUAAGCAGUGAGGAAUAGGUUCAUUCUGAAUUGAGAUUGGGAGAGAUGUUUUCCCCAAAAGGUAGGACCUUAUGACCUGAGAACAUGGGAUACUAUGAGGAGAGAGUUUAGGUGCAGAAAAUGUCAUUCAGUCAUUCUAAACCCAGCAUUCCUCGACGAUUGGUACAAUACUUUAAUCUUUCUGGAGCUCCAAAAUAUUCCACUGGGAUAUUGAUGCUGCCAAGUGGGAUUGAAGAGUGCCACCAUAAUAUCUUAGAAGAACGCUUUAGAGAUAUGUUUGUUUGUGUGUGAGUGUGUGUAAUUACCAUGACAUCAAACACCUACAAGUACCUCCACUGUUUGUUUUCAAACACACUUUCCCUUGCCAAAAGUAUGUUAAACAUACUGAAACAGUGGGAAGUUGGCUCUUUUGAGCAAAAACAUAUAUACACACAUAACGUACAGACACACUAUGUUGCAAUGGAAACAAAGCUAUAUUUAAUAAUAAUAUAUAUAUAUAUAUAUAUUUCAUUCUUGUAAUCUUUAUGUACCUCUGGAGGUAUAUGGGAAAGUAUAUUCCGGUACUAUAAAUGAUCCUAUGUCAUGGUGCUUCCUGAGUCAACAGCUUCAUUUAAAAAUGCCACUAUCACUCUUGCAAAACGUUAUUUAAAGUAGACUUAGAUAUUCCACCAAACAAUGACAAAACUCUGAAACAAAGGUUCAACAGCAGAAGAGUUUAAGGAGAUGUUUUGAAAGAGGAGCAAAAUAAAAUAACACAAAGUAUCCAUUGUACAUGUUUAUCUGACAGUUAGUAUAAUCCCCCCCCCCCUCCCCCCUUUUGACUUGCCAUCACUAACGUAUGAGUGUGAGUUUGUCUGCUAUAUUGGCCAUAGUAUUACCGUGUGGUUUAAGCAUGGCGAGUCUGCACAGCACCCCCUGCCUUUCCUGCGCACAUACACUGGGUACAGAUGGGGAAAUAUACAUUGUUUGAACAGUUUUGAAUGAAAACAAUGUGCUUUAAGAAACAUGGGAUAUAUAAAAUAACAAGUGAAUAAACUGAAACAUAUGAGUCAGACUAUAUUAUUAUCACACAAUAAUAAUGUCUCAUUGGUUUUGGUCUGUUAAUGCACUUGUAAGUGCAUUAUAUAUUCUGACCAUACAUUAUUUUAUUUCUAUAUAGCAGUACUAUUGGCAAGCAUGAUGGGCAUUCUUGGACACAUGAUAAUGUACAGGUAUUUAAUAGUGAGUCCGUGACCUCGGAAUUGCAGGCAAUCAAGCUUUUUUGUGUACUCGGCCAUUAAACAGCCGAAUUUCUUCGGAGUGGUGUGGCUGAAACGUUAUUACUUCCCAUUUUCUCAUGUAUUUAUCCCGACCCUGAUGGUUUAACUGAACCAGUUGUAUUGAUAGCAGGGCCCUAUUUACUUAACAGCUAACUGCAAUCCGUGAUGCACUGCACGAUUGGAGUGAGCGAGCCAGUGAUAAUACACAGGCGGCUUGUCUACCAGAGCUAGCUCUGGGUGUUAGCUUGAAGUCCAGGAAGCUGUGGGUUCUAUUUAUUCAAACAGGAAUUUGCAUCAAUCUGGCUUUGAAAAUCAUAUAUAUUUGUAUACUUUCAUAUUUGUAAGUCUUGGUGUUAUUUCCGUGCUUUUUUGUUGGAUGGUUACAUAGAAAGACAAAUAUGUAUAGAGUCAGAACUCAAUUGGAAAACUAUUGAAGCUUCACACUAUUGGACAGUCUAAAUUAGUGGUUGAUCAUGUCCAUACAGUGCGUUGUAUUGUACACAAAUGUAUAAGUCAUAAUCACUAACUAUUCAUUAAAUAUUUGAAUGGUCCUGCAUAGGACGCUGGCAUCAGGAAUAAUCCCAUGAAAUUGUAUUCAGAUGGCAAAUCUGAUUUGAUUUCUUGUAGCAUUUAACCUCCUGUAGUGCUUUUUAUAUUUUCAGUUUGCCGGUGACGCUGUAGAUUCAGUGCUAUAAUGAAGCAUUCCAAAUAAACAACUGAGUAAUUGUUUAAUUAAACACUAUAAUGGCAAUAAAAACAAACUUUGGCACAUAUCACCUCCUGUCUGUUCUGCAGUUUUGAGUUUCAGCAGUCCACCAUAGAAUACAGAACUGUGGUGUGGACUGUCACAUGCUGUCAGAGACAGAAACUACCAGAUCAUGCAAAAGAGAGAAUUUGUAAUGGGCUGGGAAGUGGGAUUGUAAAGGCGAGGUACACAUGCAUGGCACAAGUAUGCAUCUUAAGUUUAUCUACAGAUGGCAACACGUCUCGUCAACAAUACAUUUUGACAUCGGGAUAAAAGAUUUUCAAAAAGUGAUACACAACAAUUAUUUUUACUUCCAGCUGUUGCUCUCAAUUAUAGAUAUUCCUCCCCAUAUCUUCUUGCCUUUCUGCAUCCUUGUUGUUAAAGGCAUGCAGAAUUGUUUGGUAUAUCGCCUGCUCGUAAUAGACCUGAAGCUAUGCAUUAAAAUGUAAACGUUUGAACCUCUACGUGUUAUGCUUCAGGCCUGCCCAAUGCAUGACAAGCUAUACAUUUAACAAGUACAUUCUGCAUUGACUUCUAGGGGAGUGUGUCUCAGCCUUAAGAAACACAUCAUAUCUGUAACAUGUACUUUGGAAAACAAUGGAUAACUACACUACACCUCAAUGCAGUCUGCAGAAUUGCUGUCCUAUCAGUAUAUGGGGGUGUUAAAGACAAGGUUCUCUAAGAUGGGGAUUUUGCCUACAGUGACAGCCAAACAUUUACUAUGGAAGUUGUUUUCAUUGAACUAUUUUUUCCAUGUCUAUUUAAUCCCAUAUCAGCUCACAUCCGAGUGCCAUCUUUAAUAUCAUUUCUUAAUAUUUAUCAGAUCUCAUACUGCUAUACAACAUGCAAAUUAUGAAAAAUGACCAAUACUGAAAAAUAUUUACCAUAUUCAGCUGUUUCUUGCCCUGGUGUCAAAGAAGCCUUGUAUUUUGCUUGGCGACUUUAAAUAUAGGUGUUCAUAGAAUGAUCCUAGUGUACGAAACAAUAUGUAGCCGUCUACAUUGAUAUCAUAGAAUGUGGGCUCUGGGUAAAAAUGAGGUAAUUUUGUGUGCAUUGGCAAUGAAAAGUGCUGUGCCCGUCCUGUUGAGCAGGUUAUUGUUUGUAAAGUAAGACAAUUCUCUAUUGAUUUGAUGUACUCUUGUUUUUAUUUACAAAUCCUAAUUGUGUAGAUGCUUUUUUGAGCAUCCAUGACAUUAAUUUUCUGUUACAUUGGGUACUAUUACAAUACAUUUGCUUAUUUAAUUUUGUGAAUUUAUAAAAAAUAAAAGUCCUGUACUACCAGUAGAAAUCUAA